CAAAAACAGAGGGAGACUCUGUCUCCAAAAAAAUAAAAAAUAAAAAAAGGCCUGCCCCAGGGCUGCUGGGUCCCCCACUGUACGUGGUAGGGAGGGGGCCACCGUGUCCCCUGGAGCUCCCUUGCAGCACCCAGGUGUACCCUGGAGAGGAGACCAAAAGCCUGCGGGGCUGUGCACAGGCUGAGGGCCUGGGGGGCCAGCCUGAGUCCAAGACCAGAGGGGCAGUCCAGUGGCCCAGAGAAGACAGGAUGUGGCCUCUUUAGACCUGCCAGCCUGGGGUCAGGCACCAAAAGCUGUUUUCUCAGGCUGGGUCCAUUUAGCCCAAGCUUUCCCCAGGCCCAGAGCCCCGGGCCCCACUCCCACUCCAGGCCUGAGCUGUGGUCCCCACAGACUGGGGUCCUGGAGGAGGUAGAAAUUGGGGCAGGCAGUUGUCAGGCCCCACAGGGCGCCCCCAUCUGUGACCCGUACUGGGCCUGGAGCUCUCAUUCCUCCUCAGUAGCUCCCCAACCCAUGGUCCUGCCUGGGAGGGAGGUGAUGGGGGACAGUGAAGCUGUUCCCAAGGCCCCCAGUCUCAGGGCCUGAGUCCAUGUGCCCUCCUGUACCCUGCUCCAUGGGUGUGGGGGAGGCACGUGCUGAGCGUCCCCCAGAAGCCUGCACACCCACCCCGUGAGAACGGUCCCCUCUGAUUCUGGGUCUGGCCGUUACUCCACAUCUGCACCUGCCUUGCCCACAAGGCAGCAAUUACCUUUCUUAAUGCAGCCAGUACAAAGUCCUCUGUCCCCCCCACCCUGGGUGUGUGCUGUUCUUGGUCACUUGUCUUGUCACAGGGCUACCACUCCUGGUCGGGUCCCCACACACAUGGCUGUAUGCUGACCCACCAUCCCUGGGCCUGGGCCUGACCUUGCUCCCAACACUCCAGUCCCUCAGGUUCCUGUCGCCCACCCACCUCCAUCCCAGGCCCUUCCAGGCAGCCAGAAAGCUCAGAGACGUUCUCCAGGCCACCCCCUGUCUGCCCCUCUCCCCGAUUCCAGAGCGAGGCUGUCACAGUUGUGGCAGCUCCUGUCACAUCCCAGCCAAUGACAUCCUGGAGGUCUGCACCCCUCCUCCACUGUCCCCUGCAUAGACAGGCCCACGUGUGUCCCCAGACGCCUGAAUCACUGCUGACGGCUUGGGACCUGGGGGCCAUGGGCUCCUCAGGAGCGGCUGGGGAGGGGCGUGACGGCCACGUCUCGCCUCCAAGGGAACACCUGCGGACAUAAAUAGGCAGCCAGCGAAGGCAGCAGCACGGAGCCACUGAGCAGCGCUGUACGCAGUGCCCACCUGCGUGCACCAGGAUGCCCGACACCACGCUGGUCGCCUGCUUCCUCGGCCUGCUGGCCUUCUCCUCCGCUUGCUACUUCCAGAAUUGCCCGAGGGGCGGCAAGAGGGCCAUGCCCGACAUGGAGCUGAGACAGUGCCUCCCCUGCGGCCCCGGGGGCAAAGGGCGCUGCUUCGGGCCCAGCAUCUGCUGCGCGGACGAGCUGGGCUGCUUCGUGGGCACGGCCGAGGCGCUGCGCUGCCAGGAGGAGAACUACCUGCCGUCGCCCUGCCAGUCCGGCCUGAAGCCCUGCGGGAGCGGGGGCCGCUGCGCCGCCGCCGGCUUCUGCUGCGACUACGAGAGCUGCGUGGCCGAGCCCGAGUGCCGCGAGGGCCCCCACCGCCGCGCCCGCGCCAGCGACGGGAGCAACGCCACGCAGCUGGACGCGCCCGCCGGGGCCUUGCUGCUGCGACUGGUGCAACUGGCGCGGGCGCCCGAGCUCGCCGAGCCCGCGCAGCCCGGCGGCUACUGAGCCCGCCCCCGCGCCCGGCCCCUGCGGGACAGAGAAUAAACCUCUGUAAAUGCACUGCCUGGUGUCCGUCUGCAUCUCUGGAGGAGGGAGGGGAAAGAAGUUGGGGCGCGGAACCCCAUCCCCUAUCCCGCCCUGGCCAGUCUCUGCACCCGAAGUCGUGGGCAGGCCCCAGAGAAGGGACAAAUGCUCUAGGGGAUUCUAGGGGUCCUGGACCACCACAGCUGUCGCUAGACCCAGGGAAAGGGUGACGUGGGGCGGAGGGUGGCGCGGGCGAGGGAAGAGACCAGAGGCCUAACUUGGCCUUGGAGGGAGCUGGUUGGUGUUCUCUGGCAGAGGAGUAGAAGUAAAGGCAGAGGGAGGAAAGACAGUCUUGUUGAUGGACGGACAGCAAGAGAUCCAGACAGAGCAGAAUGAUGGAGAGAGACACAGAGACAUCGAGAGUGACAGAUAGAAGAGUGAGAGGCAAAGGCAGAGGAGACAAGGCAAGGGGUGACCAUUCUGUUCCCAUUUUUACCCCAGGAGACUGAGAUACAAACAGUUCAGGGACCCACCCAGGUCCUGGGAUUUCCGCUCCGGGAUCUAUUUCCUCCAAGACUGCGCUUGUGUGUGUUGUGGUGGUGGCGACGACAUCACCCCAGACCCCGUGGAGACAGUGCCACCUGCUAUCUGACCAGGUGCACCCGCCUUUAGGGCCCCCCAGCCAGAGUAGGAGACAGACCCCACUGGGAAACCAGCUAUGUGCCCCCGACACAUACAGCCACACACACUCAGACAGAAACACGGACAAGAAAACAAUUGCUAGCAACAUGUCCAUGACCUUGACCACAACCAUAGAUAGAGACCCUGAGACCCACAUUCAGAACCACAGACACACUCAGAAAACAGACACAACAGGCACAACGACAGGCACUUGCACACACAGGCACACAUGCAUGUGUGCACCCGCCAGCACUUGGCCUCUGCCCCUACAUCCCUCUCUGUCCUGUUUGCCCCUUUCUCUCCUUUACCCCUCACUCCUGUGCUCUCCCUGCCCCUCCAGCUCCUUGGCUUCCACCACAACUGGUCUCCUUGGCCCCUUCACACCCCCUUACCUCUUCUGUCUCCUCACCCCUCCAUUACCUCCCAUCCCGCUCUCUCCUCCUCCCUCUGUUGUCUGCAUCCUGUCCUUGGCCUUUCUUGCUCCAGGUCUUGGGGCCACAAGAGGCUGCAUCUCCUUUGGGAUCCCAUGCAGACUUUGAGGCCAGGAGGGCGUGCAGGCAGAGGAACGUCCCUCUCACGCUCACCCCAGCACCCAGGCUGGAGGCCUCAUGACUCAAGCAGCUCAGCCUCAGCCAACCCUGGGCAGAGUCCCGGCACGUGCCAAGGUCAGGCUCUCUUCCAGCUUCCUCAG